AUGGCCAACUUAAGGAACCCAGAAGAUUACCAUAGCUAUUUUGACCCAAAAACCUUCCUCAAAAAGUUUUAUAAAAACUUUAAAGGGGACGAAAAUGAGGAUCGAUCUGUGUCGCCGUUUAUAAAAAUAUUUCACGAGUUUUGGUCUAGCUUUAAGGCACCAGCAGACACAGAACUGACGGACGUUCGAUAUCGUGAGUUUGGUAGUGGACCUUCUAUAACCAACCUUGUUUUUGCUUGCCCAAACGUGGAUCAUAUUGUGUUUUCCGAGUAUACAGAAGCGAAUAGAGGAGCGGUGAAGUCGUGGAUUGCUGGCGACCCAGACGCCCACGACUGGAUGCCUUUAAUUGAAAUGUCUGUUCUUGAACUCGAACAAGGACGUAGCAUUGUAGAUGAGAGAAGUGAAACCUCCGCAAAGCUCCAAUAGUCCAACUUGAUAGUGACGAUGUUGCCAAACCAUUUGAUGUCGUGUCCACCAGUUUGUGUCUGGAGGCAUGUGUGUUGUCUGAGGUGCACUACAAGAAAGUCGUCGCAGAACUUUGCAAAUUUCUCAAACCAAACGGUUACCUAUUUAUGAACGGCGUGCUAGAGGGAACGUUUUAUUUUGUCGGCGAAGAAAAGUUUUAUAACUUUCCCAUAACUGAGAAAAUGGUGAAAGAAGCAAUGAUCGAAGCAGGAAUCGAAAUUGAGAAAUAUGUAACAAUUCCAAUGGUUCCAGUACAUUACACAGAAGUGACCGACUCUAAAGCUUUAUUUUAUACUUAUGGCAGAAAAUCUGCAGAAAAGUGA